AUGCCCGAAGUCCUUGCUGUCCGAGCCUGGCCGCUUCUGCUAUCGCUGGCCGUUCAGCUCGGCGCGACGGUCGGCGCUCCCCAACCCUGGCGCUGUGCGCCUUGCUCCGCCGAGAGGCUGGCGCUCUGCCCGCCCGUGCCCGCCUCUUGCCCGGAACUCACCCGGUCCGCGGGCUGCGGCUGCUGCCCGAUGUGCGCUCUGCCUCUCGGAGCUGCAUGCGGCGUGGCUACUGCUCGCUGCGCUCGCGGGCUCAGCUGCCGCGCCCUCCCGGGGGAGCCGAGGCCCCUGCACGCCCUCACCCGAGGCCAGGGCGCCUGCAUGACCACGCCCAGCGAUGAGGCCACAGAUACAAAAGACACCACCAACCCAGAGAAUGUGUCCCCAGAGAGCUCAGAGAUAACUCAGGAGCAGCUUCUGGACAAUUUCCACUUGAUGACCGAGUCCAGUGAGGACCUGCCCAUCCUCUGGAAUGCCAUCAGUAAUUAUGAGAGCUUGAAGGCUCUUGACAUCAGUGAUGUCAAGAAGUGGAAGGAGCCCUGCCAGCGAGAACUCUACAAAGUGCUGGACAGACUAGCCAGGGAGCAGCAGAAGGCAGGAGACAAACUUUAUAAAUUUUAUCUGCCAAACUGCAACAAGAAUGGAUUCUAUCACAGCAAACAGUGUGAGACGUCGCUGGAGGGAGAGCCUGGGCUCUGUUGGUGUGUCUACCCUUGGAGUGGGAAGAGGAUCUUGGGGUCUGUGGCCAUCAGAGGGGACCCCCAAUGCCAACAGUAUUUUAACUUACAGAACUGA